UCCAGCUGUGCGCGCAGUAGGGCAGGAGGUGGUGGUGGUACCCCGGCCUGGCGCGGGCCGUCGCCAUGGCAGCGCAGGCCACGUGGUGAGGGGCCCACCCCCCGCUGGUCGCUCUGGCUUCUCACAGCCUCAGAUUGGGAUCGCGAGACCCCGCCCGCCUGGGCGACUUCCUAGAGCCGAGCGCCGGGCUGGGCAGGGCCCCAGCUCCCAGACCUUUCGGGCCUCACCAGCCCGGCGAGCGCCCUGCACGGCCCGCCAGGCAAUGAUGAAGGUUCUUUUGCUGAAGGACGCUAAGGAUGACGGUGGCCAGGAUCCCUACAUCAGGGAGUUAGGAUUGCACGGACUCGAAGCCACUUUGAUCCCUGUUUUGUCAUUUGAGUUCCUGUCUCUUCCCACUUUCUCGGAGAAGCUGUCGCGUCCGGAAGGCUACGGAGGGCUCAUCCUCACCAGCCCCAGGGCAGUGGAAGCGAUGGAGCUGAGCCUGGAGCGGCACGGGAAGAGCGAAGCCUGGAAAAAGUCUCUGCGAGAAAAAUGGAACGCGAAGCCAGUGUACGUGGUUGGAAACGCCACGGCUUCUCUAGUGAAUAAGCUGGGCCUGGCGGCCGAAGGGGAAAGCAGUGGGAACGCGGAAAAGCUGGCGGAGUGGAUCUGUGCCCGGGAGCCGCCGGCACUGCCCCUGCUGUUUCCCUGUGGAGCCCUCAAGGGCGAAGUCCUGCCGCAGAUGCUCAAGGACAAAGGGAUCCCCAUGGAAAGCAUCGUCGUCUAUCAGAAGGUCCCCCACCCGGGAAUCCAAAGGAACCUGCACAGCUACUACUCCGAGCAGGGCGUCCCAGCCAGCAUCACGUUCUUCAGCCCCUCUGGCCUGACGCACAGCCUCCAGCACAUCCAGCAGCUGUCCGGCAGCGGCUUCCAUCAGAUCAAGUUCGCAGCCAUCGGCCCCACCACCGCGCGCGCCCUGGCCGCCCAGGGCCUGCCCGUGAGCUGCACAGCCGAGCGCCCCACGCCACAAGCCCUGGCCGCCGGCAUCCGGACGGCCCUCCAGCCUCACAGCUGCUGAGGCGGCCCCUCCCCCCGCCCCGGGCCUUCCCGUGGGCCCAGGACAACAGGGCUGCCUGCCGGGGGGAGGCACCCACCCUCCAGCGCCCGCCUCAUG